AUGUCUCCGCUGAUAUUCUACUUGUUUCUUGCGUUCGAACCCACAACAGCCAUGAGAGACAGCAACAGCCCGCCUAGGCACUCGUUCCUCCGGCGAGGCCUUCUGCGUUCAAAAGCCCACAGCAGGCCCCCAAGUCCUAAGAUGGUCGACAAAUUCCUCCGACAGCGCGUCGACAGCUUUCGUGCCGCACCUCCAGGGCCAAGCCAGUACGACGAUCGGGAAGAGAGGUACAAAGCUCAAGAUUCCAUCGCAGUAGAGGAUCUAAAGCAGAUUCUCGAUGCCCACGACAAGGACCCUGCAACAGAGCUGAAAGUCUCUGGUAGCUCAUGGGACACAGUCUUCGACCAGAUGGCUGACGCUAAGCGACGCCAUGAAAACAAGACGGACUAUAGCUCCAAGGCGGAAGUUGGCAUCGAUAUAAUGUCGUCGUACAUCAAUAUCGUCCCAGAUGAGUUCGGGCUCGGGGUCCUUAAGGGAGGCCUGGCACUCAUUUUCAAUGCCACAAAGACGCAUCGAGAAAACCGAGAAAGAAUCCUCAACACGCUCGAAACCCUCCCCGAAGCGAUCGUCACCAUCAACAUGGCUCAUGCUCUCUUGCACCCGGAGCCUAAAGACACAGCGCUUCAGAUAGAGUUUCUCAGUAUGCUGAUUAGAGAUAUCCCAGCCUUAGUAAAGAUACUGCUAGGAGAAGAGACAUCUUGUAUAACAUAUCUUAUUCGCACCGGGGCCGGUGCAGGGUACCGCAAAGUCGUUGACCUUCUGCUGCUGGAUAUUCCAAAUACUUCCACCAUUGAUGACAUACUGUCACGUUGGGGACAACGGAUAGGGCAGCUCAAGGAACACGUGGAACAGCUGAAGAUACGGCUACAGGAUAAGUUUUUCGCUAAGCUGGACCGCAUUGAAGGGAAGAUGGAGGCGUCGGAAACGGGGAUACGUGAUUUAUUGGCUGGGAAUAAGUCAAUGCAGAAGUCUAUGAUGGAAAAGUGGACGGAGCUUACGGCUCAGAUUCAGAAACCAGUGGCUGACAUCUCACAAGCCACGGAAACCUUUGCGGAUGUAGCCACCAGCUUCCGAGAGGAUAUGAAAAGCCGGUGCCGAGACAUAGAGUUGGAGGAGGAGCUCAGACGGGAACGCGACAUGCGGGACCGCGAGCGGGAGACCUUCUCACGGGAGCGGGAACAGUUUCUUCGGACAGUUGAGAAUUCCCAGACGAGACAGGAACGGCUGGAACAGGAAUGCCUCCAUCUCAACAACCAAGUCGAAGAACUCUCAAGACAGGUUACAAAAACACGUCUUGAGCCUCGCAUGGCCAUCGAGCCGAUCCAGCUCCUGGGAGUUCUUGGUCUCUCCGUGUACGAUCCCUGGGACGACCUCGACGUUGUCUUGCGUCACGCAGAACACUACGAUGCAAGUUUACGGGGGCAAGCGCAAUGGUUGGUCCAGACAGCUGAGUUCCAAAGCUGGCUCCACGAAGAUAGCUCGUCGGUUCUUCUUGCUGACGGCUGUAUGGACCCCGAGUUUAUAUCUCCCAUGUCGGGCUUCUGUUGCGGCCUCAUCACCAGCUUCAUGGACAACCCAGACUUGGCUGUGACCUUCUUCUUCGCUGGACUGCACACUAGCAAGACACUCAGCGGGCCAACGGCCAUCAUGCGGAGCCUCAUUGCGCAGCUGCUGCUCAACCCGAACCUGCCAAAGCCUGACCUGGGGUUCGUCUCCGAGGCAAUGCUGGAGGCCUGCGCCCAGCGGGACUGCCGAACCCUCUGUGACGUUUUCGUCAGCAUCGUCAAGCAGGUGCCACCGCAAAUGGCCGUCUUUUGCAUUGUUGACGGCAUCAUAUGGUACGAGCAGGCCCCCUGGGUGGCUGACAUGAAUUUUGUCGCCAGCAUGUUCGAACACUUGGCAAAGAGGACCAAUCCCGACCAUUCGGGGCUUGUCAAGGUGUUGCUGACGACCCCGACCCGGAGUAUCAGUAUUGUGGACAUGACGACAAGGAAACAAAGCGUUUGGUGGCAUGUGGCCUUGGCCAACGGCGAUGUUCAUCCUGGCAUGGCACCUCAGUUGGUGGAGUAUUGA